UCUGCGCCUCGCAGCCGUCCUCUCCUUCCGACGACGAGGAAGCGCUCGGCUUCAUGGCAGCCCUGGGCGAGGUGGCCGCGGUGGCCGCGGGACUCGGGCGAAGAAAAGCCUACGGCAAGACUGAAAAUGGAAGUGGCAUCAUACAUUUCUCAAGAAAUAAUCUGGUGCAUGUUUCACUAGCAGAUUCUGCAAAGUUUGGACAAGAUACAUAUUCCCAAGGAUAAUCCUCGUAACAGCUGCUAAAGACGACAAAAGAUACAAUUUAAACACUGAAAUAUAUUUUACUGGUCAAGUAAAAUGGAUCCAUGUUCAGUUGGAAAUCAGCUGCAGACUAGCAGUGAUUGUCAUAGAGCAUACUUUACCUCUCAAACUGGCUUCAAGACUAAGCAAGAAUUAUCAGCAACUGAUCUGUUACUUCUUCAGCUUAGGACUGGGAUAACUCUUUCAGAAAAUCAUACAAUCUGCUUCCAUCAUGCUAAAGUUUACCUUGAUAAAUACGAAGAGUUGCAAAAGUCAUGUUGUGAUCCUUUUAAUAUGCACAAAAAACUCUCAAGGAAAAACUUGCAUGCAAUUGACAUAGAUGAUGCAUCUUUUCUAAGUGCCAAGUUUGGACGUCAGUUUAUACCAGGCUGGAAGCUUUGCCCCAAAUGUACACAGAUAAUAAAUGGAAAUACAGAGGUUGACUCUGAAGACCGUCAACGAAGGAGACUUGAUUCAGACGGACGUACAGCUAAGGCCUUGAAGUCCUUACAGUUUGCUAAUCCAGGACGACAUACUGGAUUUGCUCCAGAAGCAAACAAAAGAGAAAAAAGAAGGCAAACAAAAAGCACAUCCAUUAAUUCAGACAGGCAAUUAAUAGCAGCAAAGAGCAAGGUAUACGAUAGCCAAGGCUUUCUGCUUUAUAGCGGGAUAGACCUGUGUGACUGCCUUGACGAAGACUGCCUUGGGUGUUUCUAUGCUUGCCCCAAGUGUGGCUCCAGCAAGUGUGGGCCGGAAUGCCGUUGUGAUCGCAAGUGGCUCUAUGAGCAAAUUGAGAUAGAAGGAGGGGAAAUUAUUCGUAAUAAGCAUGUGAUAUAGCCCGUGUUUUGCAUUUCAUUACUGAGUCACAAGAAACUUCCUUCUAAGGUUUUUCACAUAACAAAGUAUAAUAUGUUCAUAUUUCCAGUUAAGAUUCAGUGUGGUCUAAACAAGUAGUGGGUAAGGGUAAGUUCCAUAUUUAUGUCAUCUGUACAGAAGAAAAAUUAGAAGGUGGUCUGAGUAUCUGAAUGUAUUAAUAGACAAGCUAAUAAUAGUAUUUGCUCGUUUGCAUUGUGUGCUCCAGGCAGCAUAUUUUUUCUCUGUAUCUCUAUUACUGCCCAUUUUAGAAAGUCCUCCAGUAUUUUCAUUUUCUAGAGCACAGUUACUCCUGCAGAAACUUUAAGCACUAGCAGCCAUAAGCAGUAUUAGCUUUGGAAAAUUGGUGAUUUGAGAAUGAUAAGUAGAAAAUGCAGAUGUCAGACUGAGACUUUCAAGAAGAUGGCAUACCUUUAUUAAGAAAUAAUAAGAAACCUGUUGACAUUUUUUGCAAACGAGUUGCCAUGUGAAGAAGGAAUUAUGUUCUAUGCUUUCAACAGUAUUUUGCUGCUUCUGCUGGUGGGGAGAAAGUCACCAAAGAUACAGCCUCAGGCAGUAUUUCUGUUAUGAAUAACUUGUUUGAAAACUUUAUAACUGAGUCCAUAGAUAGUUGAAGGAGAAUUUGUGGCUGAAAUAUGACACUGUCACCUUAGCUUGAAGAAAUACACAAUAUAUGUAUUUGAUGGAAUUAUACAAGCAUAAGUAUAGUGAGACUCAUCACAUCUACAGUCUCUUUAUAGUAGUAAUUUAUAGGUAAUGUAUGUAAUCUACUCAGAUGAUUUACCAUGCGCCCCAUGUAAAAUGCAUGUAUACUUAGUCCGAUGCAUAUAGUGAGAAAUUAUAGAAAUGUGAAAUUCAGGAUUUUGCAGAAGAGAUACUCUGUUUGUAAUAGAGAUUUUUGUGCCAGGUAUCUUUUUAAUUUUUAUAAGAAAAAUUGAAGUUUCUUUGUUUCCUUUAUCUGCAGAUAUUAAUAAAGAAUUGAUUUUCCACAAAAUAUCUGGUUGUUAUUUCUUCUGUUACUGUAUUGACUAAAUAUGGCCUAAUUCAAAAAAAGGAAGAGGAUAGAAAUGAUGAUGGAAUUGCAUUAUGCUACCAUUAUAUAAUUUUUGUUGAAUUACUAGAACAUGUAAUUUCUGCAUAUAAUCAUGACAAGAAAAUACCAAAAUUUAAAUGGAUUCCAUUGAGUAUGAGGCAGACAAUGGGAUUUCCCUUGUUCUCUUCCUCCUAAUCCUCCAAAUGUGUUUAAAUGAAUUUUCCAGCCCUCUGUAGCAGGUGUUAUAUCCAGGGUGUGUGUGUGUGUGUGUGUGUAAGAAUCCCCUCCAAGGUUAAUUAAACCAAAUUAAAUUUAUUGAAAAUGUUGCAAUCUUGGAUACCACACUGGAGUUUGUGCACAGGCUUGCUCUAUAAACACAAAUGGGGAGUGUUCUAUAUGUAAGCUUCCUGUACAGAAAAUGUUGAGUCCAGUUGUAGACAUAACCUGAUAUCAGUGUGUGGCUAAACUUUUAAGUUUAUUGCUUGGAUAUUUUAGAGUUGGAAGUAUAAACUUUUUAUUGUCUAUAAGUGUUAUUUAUGGAAGUUAUAACUGAUCUGAUGUCUGUGAUGUUUGGGUUUUAUUCUUUUGGAAUAAUACUGUGAAUCAUUGUGGGCUGGUUGUACUGGGAACAAAUGGGAUAAAAAUAUAGAAAUAAAAUUAACUGGACUCCAGGCACUGCACUCAGUGUUAAUUAAUAAAAAUGAACUGAACUAA